GAGAGGAGAGGACAGGACCAGAUCCUGGUUUUACAGAGAAACCAUGCUGGAAGCUCCAGGGAGACGCGGCUUUAGGGGCCUGGACGGCUUUGCGCUGCGGUGAAACUCUCUGACGCUGGAGUGAACAGUUUCUGUCACCAGGGCGGUGGUGGCGACAGCAGAGGGAGAGAGGCGGAGAGGGAGAGGAGCGCAGAGAGUCGGAGCGCAGCGCAGCGCAGCGCAGCAGGACAGACAGUCUGAAGGCGCGCAGCCGGCGACGGACGCGGAGCAGGAAGGAUCACUUUUAAUUGAAGAGGACAACCGAGUGGAAAGGUCAAGAGUGAGGGAAGCAGCAACUUCAGCAGAAGAGAUUUAAAUGUUUCACAGAGAGGGAAGCAGAAAUGAAUGAGGAGGUGAUGUCGUGGGUUUCGUGUGUGGGUUCAGGGCGCAGGAUGACGGCCGCCAAGCUCCUCCUUCCUUUCCUUCUUCUUCACUCAUUCUGCGAAGGCUCCAAUCAGCCUCCGCGCUUCACCAAUUUCUUUUUCUCAACAUAUCUCCUCAUCUAUGAAGACAUGCCUAUUGGUUCUUCAGUGGCCCAGCUCAGAGCGACGGACCCUGAGGGCGAGCCCCUCAUAUACGGGGUCUCCGGAGAAGAAGCCAUGAAGUAUUUUUCUGUGAACAAGGAGACCGGCGUGGUUUGGCUUCGACAGCAGCUAGACCGCGAGACCAAGUCAGAGAUGCAGGUCGAGUUCUACGUGAGUGACAUCCAAGAGGUGGUCAAAGAUACAGUAAACAUCCAGAUUGGAGACGUGAAUGAUAACGCACCCUACUUCCUGGGGCAGCCGUACACCGUUCAGAUCCCUGAGAACACGGCGGUGGGCCGAUCCAUAUUCAUGGUGAACGCCACAGAUCCAGACCAAGGCACCGGGGGCAGCGUCCUCUUCUCCUUUCAGCCCACUUCUCCCUUCUUUGCCAUAGACGGAGCCCGAGGCACCGUCACCGUCACCAGAGCUCUGGACUACGAGACCACCUCCGCCUACCAGCUCACCGUCAACGCCACGGAUCAAGACAAGUUGAAACCUAUGUCCCGGCUUGCUAACCUGGCUAUCACCAUCACUGACAUCCAAGACAUGGACCCCAUCUUCACCAACCUGCCCUACAGUACCAACAUAGAAGAGGGCGUUCCCCUGGGCUACGUGGUGAGGAAGCUCACAGCCAUUGACCAGGAUCUUGGCAAACCCAGAGGAAUUGGCUACACCAUCGUCUCAGGAAACACCAACAGUGUCUUCGCCCUGGACUACAUCAGUGGCUCGCUGACGGUGAACGGCCAGCUGGACAGAGAAAACCCACUGUACUCCGCAGGAUUCACUCUCACGGUCAAGGCCACGGAGUUGAUGGACGACCGCAGCCCGUCGGACGCCACGGUGAUGACCACCUUCACCAUCCUGUUAAUCGACAAGAACGACAACGCCCCCAAGUUCAACAGCUCCGAGUAUCGGGUUCGCAUCACUGAGCUGGCCCAGGUGGGCUUUGCCCUGCCUCUCUUCAUCCAGGCAGAAGACAAAGAUGAGGGGGUGAACAGUAUGUUCCAGGUGUUUCUGACCGGAAACAAUUCGGAGUACUUCACCAUCUCCCCCACGGCGGUGCAAGGGCGUGCCGACAUCCGUGUGAGGGUCGCCAUCCCUCUAGACUAUGAGCGCAUCCAGAGCUUCAGCUUUUCACUCUACGCCAACGAGUCCAUGUCGGACCACGUGGGCUUCGCCCGAGUCUUCAUAGAGCUGAUCAACGAGAACGACAACCGGCCCGUCUUCAGCAGAGCCCUGUACAACAUCAGCCUGCCUGAGAACACGGCGCCCGGCACGCCGCUGCUGCGCGUCCAGGCCACAGAUGGAGAUGCAGGCUCUUUUGGGAUCGUCCGUUACUACUUCAGCGACGAGCCAGACCAGUUCUCCCUGGACGAUGAGACCGGCUGGGUGAUCCUGCAGGCCGGCCUGGACUACGAGCUGAUGCGGCGCUUCACCCUGACCGUGCUGGCGAGGGACGGCGGCGGCGAGGAGACGACCGGACGCAUCCGGAUCAACGUGCUGGACGUCAACGACAACGUGCCGCUCUUCCAGAAGGAGGCGUACGUGGGCUCGCUGCGGGAGAACGAGCAGGCCGUGCAGUCGGUGGCGCGGAUCAGGGCUACUGAUGAGGAUUCUCCUCCCAACAACGUCCUGACGUACACCAUCACUUCAGCUUCAGUCUUCCGAGAAUACUUCAGCAUCAUCGUGGUGGAAGGCUAUGCAGUUAUCACCGUAAACCAGCCUCUGGACUACGAGAAGGUCCCCAAAGGGAUGAUCUAUCUGACAGUGAUGGCCAAAGACGGGGGAAACCCUCCGCUCAACAGCAGUGUCCCGGUCACCGUGGAGGUGAUAGAUGAAAAUGACAAUCCACCUGAGUUCAGCAAAUCAUCGUACAUCGUGAAAAUCCCUGAGAAUCUUAAUGCAGGGGCGACCGUGCUGGUUGUAAACGCGACGGAUGUUGACGCCUCGAGGGAGUUUGGCCAGGCCUCGCUCAUCUACUCCCUGGAAGGCUCCUCUCAGUUUCGUCUCAACUCGCGCUCAGGAGAGCUCACAACCACGGCCCUGCUGGACCGAGAGCAGAAGUCGGAGUACAUCCUGAUAGUGAGAGCGGUGGACGGAGGAGUUGGCCCUCAGCAGAAGACUGGCAUUGCCACAGUGAACAUCACCAUCCUUGACAUCAAUGACAACGCUCCAGUGUGGCGAGACGAGCCUUAUGAAGCCAACGUCGUGGAAAUGAGUCCAAUCAACACCGAUGUUAUCUCUGUGCUGGCGGUGGAUCCGGAUAACGGGGAAAACGGGACGGUCGUGUACAGCAUCAGCCCCGCAAACCCCUUCUACACCAUCGACGGCAGAACGGGGAAGAUCCGCACCAGCGGGGUGACGCUGGACCGGGAGAGCUCCAGCUCCAGAGACGCCGUCCUCAUGAGGACCAUCAUAGUGUCGGCGGUCGACCGUGGCACGCCUCCACUGCGCGCAUCAGCCAGCACCACAGUCUCCGUCAACCUGCUGGACCUUAAUGACAACGACCCAAACUUCCUCAACCUGCCGUUCGUGGCAGAAGUACCAGAGGGGCUGCCCGUCGGAAGCUCGUUCUUCAGGGUCCAGGUAGUGGACCCAGAUAAGGAUGAGAAUGGACGCAUUACCAUGGCGCUGCAGAUGGGCAUGCCUCGCCUGGACUUCUACCUCAACACCUCCACCGGCGUGCUCACCUCCACGGCGGUGCUGGACCGGGAACGCAUCGCCGAGUACCAUCUGAGGAUCAUUGCGUACGACGCCGGGGAGUUUCCUCGGACCUCCACCUCAACGCUCACCGUCUCAGUUCUGGAUGUAAAUGAUGAGACGCCCACCUUCAACCCCAGAGUGUACAAUGUUUCCCUGAUGGAGAGUGUCCCCAGAGACCACAUUGUUGCGCGACUCGUCUGCUUUGACAACGAUGCUGGUCUCAACGCAGAGCUUAGCUACUUCAUCACAGGUGGCAAUCAAGAUGGCAAAUUCAGCGUUGGCUUUCGGGACGGCGUGGUUAGAACUGUGGUGGGCUUGGACAGAGAGACGCAGGCGGCGUACACGCUGGUCAUAGAGGCAAUAGACAACGGCCCAGCGGGCAGCAGAAGGACCGGCACGGCUACUGUAUUUGUGGAGGUGCAGGACGUCAAUGACAACAGGCCCAUCUUCCUGCAGAACAGCUACGAGACCAGCGUCCUGGAAAGUGUGCCCAGAGGGACGAGCAUCCUUCAGGUUCAAGCCACAGAUGCCGACCAGGGAGAAAAUGGAAGAGUCCUGUACAGGAUCCUGACGGGGAACAACAACAACCUGUUCGCCAUAGACAGACAGACGGGUCUGGUGACACGAGGCGUCCGGGCGUUGGACCGGGAGACCAGCAGCUCCCACGUGUUGGAGGUGGAGGCCUACAACAGCGACGAAGGCAGCAUGCGGAGCUCUGUGCGGGUGAUCGUCUAUGUUGAAGAUGCCAACGAUGAGGUGCCGGUUUUCACCCAGCAGCAGUACAACCGGCUGGGCCUGAGGGAGACGGCGGGGAUCGGCACCUCUGUGAUCGUGGUGCGGGCCACGGACCCCGACACCGGUGACGGUGGCGCCGUCGCCUACUCCAUCGUGUCCGGUGCCGACCGCAAGUUCGAGGUGGACGUGAGCACGGGUCUGAUCACCACCGUGGACCACCUGGACUACGAGACCAAGACCUCGUACCUGAUGAACGUGUCGGCCACCGACCAGGCGCCGCCCUUCCACCGGGGCUUCUGCACCGUCUACGUCACCCUGCUGAACGAGCUGGACGAGGCCGUGGCCUUCUUCUCCGCCGGCUACGAGGCCUCCCUCCGGGAGAACAUCGCCACGGGGACGGAGGUGGUGCAGGUCCGGGCGCAGUCGGCCGACAACCUGAACCAGCUGACCUACCGCUUUGACCCCGACACGUCGCCGGCGGCUUUGGCCCUCUUCAAGAUCGACAGCGUGACGGGUCGGAUCACGGUCACAGGGCUGCUGGACAGAGAAAAGGGAGAUAUGUACUCUCUGACGGUUGUAGCUGACGACGGAGGACCCAAGAAGGACUCCACCGUGAAGGUUUCCAUCACCAUUCUGGAUGAGAACGACAACAGCCCGGUGUUUGACAUGACAUCUGACACGUCUGUGAGCAUCCCAGAAAACACGGCCAUGGGGAGGAAGGUGGCAGUGGUGCUGGCCAGGGACCAGGACGCUGGAAUGAAUGGACUGGUUAAUUUCACGCUGGUUGCCGGCAACAUGGAGGACGUGUUCAUGAUCAAGACGGUGAACCACAGCUACGGAGAGGUUUACGUCAACGCGCCUUUGGACAGGGAGUCGGUGGACCGCUACCUGCUGAAGGUGCGGGCCACCGACAACGGCACGCCGACCCGAUACUCAGACCUCUCACUGACCGUCAGCAUCCUGGAUGUCAACGAUAACGCCCCCGUCAUUGAGAGCCAGAGAGGAUACAACGUCAGCGUGAACGAGAACGUCGGAGGAGGUACCUCGGUCCUUCGAGUGGUCGCUACCGACCGGGACAUCGGCCCCAACGCCAUGCUGUUUUACUACAUCACUGCUGGGAACCAGGACCUGACCUUCCGCAUGGACCGCAUGACUGGAGAGAUGGUGACCCGGCCAGCGCCUCCUGACCGCGAGCGCCAGCAGGAGUACCGCCUCAACGUCACCGUGGAGGACGACGGCACGCCCCCUCUGUCGACCUCCACCACCGUCUUCGUUCGAAUCGUGGACGAGAACGACAACGCCCCGGAGUUCCCCGAGGAGGAGUACGUGACGGUGCUGAGCGAGGGGCCAGACACUGUGGGGGCCACCAUCGCCACCGUGACGGCCGUCGACCCAGACGAAGGUCUGAACGGCACCUUGCGCUACGCAAUCUCCCAGGGCAACCUGGUCCAGACGUUCAACAUCAACAGCGUGACGGGGAGAAUCACCGCUGUGAAGGAGCUGGACUACGAGAUCAGCAACGGGCAUUAUGCGUUGGUCGUCACCGCUACGGACCAGUGUCCAAAACCGGCUCUGCGCCUCACAUCCAGCACGACGGUGUCGGUAAACGUCCUGGACGUGAACGACGUGACGCCGACUUUCCCCAGACGUUACGAGGGUCCCUUUGAGGUGACGGAGGGCCAGCCGGGCCCGCGCGUCUGGACCCUCAGAGCCAGCGACGAAGACUCCGGUCUCAACGGCAAAGUGGAGUACAGCAUCACCGGUGGAGACAACCAGAACGAGUUCAUGAUCUCUCCUGUGGAGGGGGAGCUGCGGGUGAGGAAGGACGUAGAGUUGGACAGAGAGACCACAGCUUUCUACAACAUCACCGUCACCGCCAGAGACCUGGGAACACCGUCUCGCAACAGCUCGGUGGUGGUGGGCGUCCUCGUUCUGGACAUCAACGACAACGACCCGGUCAUCCUCAACCUGCCCUACAACACCAGCGUGAGCGAAGGGGCGGCGGUGUACACCUCGGUGGCCAGAGUGCAGGCUCGGGACGCAGAUAGCGGACGCAACGCGCUGCUCACUUACAACAUCACCGCUGGAAACCUGGGCGGGGCCUUCUACGUCAACGACACGACAGGUGUGGUGCAGGUGAACAGACCGCUGGACAGAGAGCGAGUGGCGGAGUACAUCCUGACCAUCACCGUGAAGGACAACCCGGAGAACCCCCGCAUCGCUCGCAGGGACUCUGACUUCUUGGUCGUCACCAUCCUGGAUGAGAACGACAACAGGCCCGAGUUCAGCAGGACCAGCUACAGGGCUGAGAUCAGCGAGAACUCUGCAGCAGGCAGCACCGUUACUGUUUUAAACGGGCCGGUUCUGGCCGAGGACAAAGACAUCGGGCCUAACGCUGUGGUGAAAUACCGACUGCUGGGGCCGCGGGUUGACCUCUUCACCGUUGACUCUGGCACCGGGGUCCUGCUUGUGCGUCCGGGGGCAAAGUUGGACCGCGAAGCCUUUCAGGACCCUCGAGUGGAGCUGUUCCUGGUGGCGGAGGACGUGGGCGGCUUGAACAGCAGUGUACCUCUCAGCGUAACAAUCCUGGACCAGAACGACAACCCUCCGGUCUUCAGCCCGUCCAGCUUCAGCGUCCGGCUGCCUGAGAACAGCCCCACUGGCGUCGUGGUGACUCAGCUCUCCGCCACCGACGCGGACUCCGGCUCCAACGGUUGGCUGAUGUACCGCUUGGAGAGCGGCGCUCAGGACCGCUUCGUGGUGGACUCGCUCUCCGGUGCCGUCCUGGUGGGCAACACCACUCUCGACAGAGAGGAGCGCGGGUCCUACCGCCUCGUCGUGAUGGCGACCGAUCGCGGGACGCCGCCUCUGACCGGCACGGCCACCCUGACGAUCAUCCUGGACGACGUCAAUGACUCCAGGCCGUAUUUUAUAGAACCUGUGACCAUGAUAAACGUCAACGAGUCGACCCCGCCCGGCGUGGUGGUAGCUACCCUCACUGCUGAAGACCCCGAUCUCCAUCCGAGGCUGGAGUACUACAUCAUCUCAGUGGAGGCGAAGGACGACGCCAACAAACCGGUGGUUGGCCUGCAGAACUCCUUCGGCAUCGAUUUACACACAGGUGCAGUUUUUGUGCGCAACCUGCUGAACAGAGAGCUGGUUGCCACAUUUGAGAUAAUUGUGUCUGUCCACGACAACGCCAGUGAAGUCAUCGACAAGUCCGGCAGCGUUCCCAAUGCGAGGCUGACCAUCAACGUGCUGGACGUCAACGACAACGCCCCUCGUUUCCGGCCCUUCGGGGUCACCAACUUCACAGAGAAGAUCCUAGAAGGAGCCCAGCCGGGCACCACCCUGCUGUCCGUGUCAGCCGUCGACCCUGACAAAGGGCCCAAUGGUCAGGUUUUCUAUCAGCUCCUCCACCUGCCAAGAGGCGGAUACGUCAGACUGGAGGACUCUUUCACAGGAAAGAUCGUGGCCAAUCAGACGGUGGAUUUUGAGCAAGUGCAGUGGCUGAAUUUCACCAUCCGGGCUCAGGAUCACGGGACGCCUCCACGAAGCGCCGAGCUCCCUGUUUAUCUGCAGAUAGUGGACGUCAACGACAACAACCCAGUUUUUCUGCAGCCCUCCUAUCAGGAACCCGUCUUUGAGAACGUGGACCUGGGCACCACCAUAGUUCGCGUGAGAGCCACAGACGCUGAUUCUGGACUCUUCGCUGUCAUCGAGUACGGCCUUGUGGACGGAGAGGGCAAGUUUGGCAUCAGACCGACCACUGGAGAAAUCUACAUCCUCUCCCCUCUGGACAGGGAGACAAAGGACCACUACACGCUGACUGCUGUUGCACGAGACAACCCUGGGGGGAGCUCUAACAACAGGAGGGAGAACUCGGUUCAGGUUCUGGUGACGGUUCUGGAUGUCAACGACUACCGGCCGCGCUUCCCGAAGCGAGUGUACAACACCAGCGUGUUUGAGAACGAGCCCAGCGGCACGUCGGUGAUCACCAUCACAGCCGUGGACCUGGACGAAGGAGAGAACGCUGCGUUGAUUUAUAGCCUGCUCGGACCUCACUUAGACGCCUUCUCCCUGGAUCCCAUCACCGGACUGGUGCGCUCCCGCCGCCUCCUCCAGUCUUCUGAGCGCUUCAACUUCACGGUGGUGGCUACGGACCAGGGACGCCCGCCGCUGUGGAGCACCGCAGACCUCAUCAUCACGGUCAUAGACGUCAACGACAACAGGCCCGUGUUUGUCCGACCGGCUAACGGAACCAUCAUCCACAUACUGGAGGAGCAGCCUCCGGGGCUGCCCGUGUACGAGGUGCACGCCACCGACGCGGACGAGGGCGUGAACGGGGAGGUGCGCUACGCCUUCCUGCAGACCGGCGCCGGGAACCGGGACUGGGAAAGCUUCCGCAUCGACAGCGUGUCCGGAGUCAUCACCACCACCGUCACCCUGGACCGAGAGAAGCAAGCCCUGCUCAGCCUCAUUAUUGUGGCCCGGGACAUGGGUCAACCCGUGCCCUAUGAGACCACGCAGCCUCUGCAGGUGGCGCUGUUGGACAUUGACGAUAAUGAACCGGUCUUCCUCAAGCCACCGCGCGGCAGCGUGCCCUACCAGAAGCUGUCGGUGGCAGAGCACUCCCCCCCCGGGACUGUGGUGGGCAACAUAACCAGAGCCCUGGAUGCCGACGAGGGCUCCAACGCCGUCGUCUACUAUUUCAUCGCAGGAGGAAACGCCGACGCAAACUUCGGCCUCAGUCUCGACGGAGAGCUGAGGGUCCUCAAGGAUCUGGACAGGGAGGAGGUCCCCGUCUACUCCAUCAUCAUCAAGGCCUCCAGCAACAGGAGCUGGACUCCUCCCAAGGGUCAGAGGUCGUUACGGGCCAGGCUUGACCCCGCUCUCGACCCCAGCCUCCUGGAGGUCCGGAUUGAGCUGGAGGACAUCAACGACCAGACGCCCCGGUUUGCUAAGACGGAGUACACGGCAGGUGUGGCGGCGAACGCCAAGGUGGGCUCCGAGCUCAUCAAGGUGGUGGCUGUAGAUAACGACGUGGGGAACAACAGCGUGGUCCAGUACCACAUCGUUACCAUCCGCUACUUCCAGAGCCAGAGCAACGGCAGCGAGGACGUGGGCACCAUCUUCACCAUUGGUUUGACGGAUGGGCAGAUCCGGACCUACGACCUCUUCACGGCGUAUAACCCAGGCUACUUCCAGCUGGAGAUCUUGGCAUGUGACCUGGCUGGUCACAGCGCCACCACCAAUGUCAACAUCUACAUCCUGCGAGACGACCAGAGGGUUAAGUUCGUCUUCAACGAGAUUCCCGACUGGGUCCGGGAGAACCAGGACGACUUCAUCAGCUUGCUGUCCAACAUCACGGGCGCUAUCGUAAAUCUGGAUGACAUACAGUUCCACGUGGACAAGAAGGGCAGAGUGAGCUACGGUCAGACCGACAUGCUCAUCCAUGUGGUCAACAAUCAGACCAACACCAUCCUGGAUGUGGAAAGAGUCAUCCAAAUGAUCGACGAGAACAAGGAGCAGCUGAGGAACCUGUUCCGGACCUACAACGUGGUGGACGUCCAGCCCGCCGUUGGCGACCAGCUGCCCGACGACAUCUCCACCCUGCAGCUGGUGAUCAUCAUCCUGGCCGUGCUGCUGUGCCUGGCGGGGAUUCUGUUCGUGACGAUGAACUGGCAUUAUCGCAGAGUGCACCAGAGGAAGCUUAAAGCCAUCGUUGCAGGAUCCACAGGAAACCAGGGCCUCAUGGACAUCCUGGACAUGCCAAACACCAACAAGUAUUCGUUUGAGGGAGCCAACCCGGUGUGGAUGGACCCGUUCUGCCGCAACCUGGAGCUCGCUGCACAGGCCGAGCACGAGGACGACCUGCCGGAGAACCUGAGUGAGAUCACCGACCUGUGGAACAGCCCGGCACGCACGCACGGCACCUUCGGCCGCGAGCCUCAAGCGAGGCCAGAGGAUGAUCGCUACCUGCGGGCAGCCAUACAGGAGUACGACAACAUCGCCAAGCUGGGUCAGAUUAUGAGGGAAGGGCCAAUCAAGGGUUCUCUGCUCAAGGUGGUUCUGGAUGACUACCUGAGGCUGAAAAAGCUCUUUGCAGCGCGGCUCGUCACCGUGUCCACCGGCGAGGGAGACCAGUCGUCCGUUACUGAGCUGAUCCAGAGUGACCUGGACGAGGAGGAGGACGAGCACCUGGGCGGCGGACCGGGCAACCUGCGCUUCAAGCACAAGCUGCCGGUGGAGUUGAAGGGGCCCGACGGCGUGCACGUGGUCCACGGCAGCACGGGCACGCUCCUGACCUCUGACCUCAACAGCCUGCCGGAGGACGACCAGCGGGCGCUGGCUCGCUCCCUGGAGGCGCUGAACGCAGACGGCGGCUCGUACUCGGAGAGGAACGCCCGCACCGAGUCCGCCAAGUCCACCCCGAUGCACCGGCACAAGGACGGGGACGCGCUGUCCGGGAGUCCCCUGGAGAUCACCGAGUUAUGACUAGCCGAGGCCUCGCUGGUCUGAGGGCAGCCGCCGCUGAUGUGUGUCCUUGUGCCGCGGCGUCACCGUCCUGGGAAGGACCGCAGUGUUUGUAGUCUGGGGAAACCCCAUCCGCCGGCGCAGCGGUGAACCAUCCUGCAAGGACGCCUAGUCUUCAGCAGGACCAAAGGUUUCCCUGAGAAGGACAGGGCCGCUCUGGGGGAGCGUUUGCUCCAACCAGGACCUUAAACCCGUCCGUAAGGCGCCUCGUUGUCAUCGAACCUUUUUUAACCGACACCUGGACUGCAGACACUCGCACAAACGCACACAAACCGGACUCUACACACUCAGACCAGCAGAUGGCCUCUACAGGGAGACUGAGAGCGCUGAAUCGUUUUAGGGGGUUGUUUAGGCGCAGUCAGCGUAGCACGGGAACAGCAGCUGAUAUAUUAUUAUUUGUUUGGAAACGACUGAAGAAGGUUUCAGUCAAAUGUGGAACUUUGUUCAUUGUUUUUUCUGAGAAGAGUCAAAGAAGAGUGAAGAAAAAUGUGAAAAAACGCUUUUUCCGUAAGGCGAACAUAUCCAGCAGACUUCCCAAAAAAACGGACAACGAUCAUUCCGAAGGUGGAGGACAAAAAAAAAAAAGGUUUUAUGAAAAAGGAACUUAAAUAUUUCUAAAAAAAAAAAAUAAUAAUAAUUACUGAUUUUCUAGAAGACGGCAAAGCGCCCAGUGACUUUACACUGCCACGCGGAGGAGGCAAAGUCAUGCUCAAAAUGAGAAAUCUUUCAUUUAUUUUUAUUUUUGUAUUUAAAAAAAACAAAACAUAUUGAAUUAAAAGAUAUUUUUUAAGAAAAAAAAAAAAAGUUGUCUUACCAAAACAGCGAACGAGGAAGUAAUGUUGGAUGUUUGGCGUACGAGUAUCUAGUGCUAUGGUGACAUGUCCGUUUGUUUGCCUCGUAUAACAGAUGUUUCCGUUGAGUGGUGUGUAAUGGGGAGAAGAAGAAAAAAAAGCUUUUUUUUAUUCCUGUUUUGUAAGUUUUUGUUUUUUUAAAUUGUUGUCGCCAGCCAUGAGAUCUGUGUUGGGAAAUGUUGUGGGAUGAUCUGUGCUAAUUAAAUAUGCAACAGUCUCUGA